AUGCUUCUACCCCGGAUAAUCCGAGUGUCUCGCCGAUCUUUGGCUUCAGUCGAUUAUCUAACACGUGCAGUUCCUUCCAAGACACCUGUGCCAGAAAUCCCGGGAGGAAAAAGCCCCAAACCACAGUAUCUACCGCCACAAGAUGUAUCGAAAAUGAUAUAUACACCGUUGGACUUGAAUAACCGAUAUCGGGGGGAUGGAUAUUAUGCUCCAACAGCAGCGCAGAUCUCUCACGCAGAUGCAUUUUUUUUCCGAGCGUCGUUUCGCCAUGAGUGGACUUGUGCUCAUUACAAUGACUUACCUGGUGUUGGAACGGAAAGCGACAAGAAGCAAACCAAGGGUCACUUGCCCUUGCCAGAGAUAUUGUUGUUGGGCCACACGAACGCAGGAAAGCUGACUUUGGUGAAUAAUUUGUUCAUGAACAAGGAGCAGGCGAAAAACACCAAUGGUGCUCCGAGUUUGGCCUAUGUUUCUAGGCGAGCGGGUUUCACCAAAUGCCUAAACUGCUACAAUGUUUCUGAUACCAUACGUAUCGUAGACAGCCCAGGAUAUGGUGAGUUUGGCGAAGAGCAGCAAGGAGAAAUCGUUUUGGAAUAUAUUCGGCGACGCAAAGAACUAAGACGAACUUUCCUUGUCGUGGACAGCACUGCUGGCAUUCGAGAUGAGGAUGCCGCACUUAUUGAUUUUCUUGUGGAGCAUGGGGUUCCUUUUGAAAUAGUGUUUACGAAAGUGGAUGCUGUAGUGAGCCGGAAGUUCCCCAAAAUAAAGAUGAAGUCUUCAAAGAAUAAUGUGGAAGCGCGAUUGGCGGCAUUUGAAGCAGUGAAAGAUGGAAAUUCAAAUGUGGUCGCACACUUUGAUAGCAUUAUACAACGAUCAGGUGUUGCGGAGUUGGCUGCUUUGCCCCGGCUCUUGUUCAACAACUCUUGUGGGAAUGCAUUACUACCCCGUCGUUAUGGUUUUCGUGAAAUUCGCUUUGCCAUAUUAGAAAGCUGUGGAUUGGCUUUGGAAAACUCUGAAAGAGAGAGCCAGGUGGAAGAAGAGAUUAUCCAUGCCAACAAAUCUCGACGCAAACGAGUUGUGAGGAGAAUGAAUCCAUUGAGUUGA